AUGACGUAGGCGCGCUGUUCGGCUCAGAGUUGACUGAGGGGCCAUGUGGGGUUGCGGCGCGCUGUUGGGGGCGCGAACCAGAUCACGGCUUUGGCGUGAGGUGCUCGUCGCUUGGGGCCGCCGCUGGUCUGCCGCCGCCCCCUACUCCGCAUCUGCCGAGCCCUCCCGGGUCCGGGCGCUGGUCUAUGGGCACCACGGGGACCCAGCCAAGGUCGUCGAACUGAAGGACCUGGAGCUAGCUGCUGUGGGCGGAUCAGACGUCCAUGUGAGGAUGCUGGCGGCCCCUAUCAAUCCAUCUGACAUAAAUAUGAUCCAAGGAAAUUAUGGCCUCCUUCCCAAGCUGCCUGCUGUUGGAGGGAAUGAAGGUGUCGGACAGGUGGUAGCAGUGGGCAGCAGUGUGACUGGGGUGAAGCCAGGAGACUGGGUGAUUCCAGCAAAUGCCGGUUUGGGAACCUGGCGGACUGAGGCUGUGUUCAGCGAGGAAGCACUGAUCGGAGUUCCAAGUGACAUCCCUCUUCAGAGCGCCGCCACCCUGAGUGUCAAUCCCUGCACGGCCUACAGGAUGUUGAUGGACUUUGAGCAGCUGCAGCCAGGAGACAGUGUCAUCCAGAAUGCGUCCAACAGUGGAGUGGGGCAAGCAGUCAUUCAGAUCGCCGCAGCCCUGGGCCUGAGGACCGUCAAUGUGGUCCGAGACAGGCCUGACAUCCAGAAGCUGACUGACAGACUGAAGAGUCUAGGGGCCGAGCAUGUUCUCACAGAAGAGGAGCUAAGGAAGCAUGAAAUGAAAAAUUUCUUUAAGGACCUGCCCCAGCCCCGACUUGCUCUCAACUGUGUUGGCGGAAAAAGCUCCACAGAGCUGCUGCGACACUUAGCGCCUGGGGGAACCAUGGUGACCUACGGGGGAAUGGCCAAGCAGCCUGUCAUAGCCUCUGUGAGCCAGCUCAUUUUUAAGGAUCUCAAACUUCGAGGCUUUUGGUUAUCCCAGUGGAAGAAGGACCACAGUCCAGCCCAGUUCAAGGAGCUGAUCCUCACACUGUGCAGUCUCAUCGGCCGAGGCCAGCUCACGGCCCCUGCCUGCUCCGAGGUCCCACUGCAGGACUACCAGCGUGCCUUGGAAGCCUCAAUGCAGCCCUUCGUGUCUUCAAAGCAGAUUCUGACCAUGUGCUAAUCGCAUAGGAGCCAGAGUGAGGUGGGAGGGAAGACGGAUCGGCAGGACUGGUUUCGGGCCCCUCGGUCAGGGCCCUCAGCUUUCCCCAGGCUGCCCUCUGACUAGGGGGGUUGUGAAGCCAUCCAGGGCCAGCCCCUGGGUAUCUAAUAAAGUCUGAACUUCCUAAGAACAGACACACACAAAACCAACAGAAGUCAUCUCUGUCGAGAGGAACCCUCAAGUGUGCACCUGCCAUUCCAGCAUUAAGAAGCCCCCUUGCCCAUCCUCCAACUUGUCCUCCAGCGAUGAUUUCCUGACCACCCUGAAAGUAAAGUGAGGGUGGGGACCGGCAGGUACAAAAGCCAGUAGGAUGCAGUCUCCACCCCCAGGCUGUCCCAGAGGGGCAGAAAGGAAGGUUUGACUCAUUCUGGGUGGUGCGGGGCUCCGUGUGGGACGGGAGGAGGAUCAGCUACCUGAGAGGGUGAAUGCCAGGCUAAGGAGCCAAGGAGUCGGGGUCUCAGGUGGCUGGACCACCCUCCUGGAAUGUCUGUCCUAACUGGGGAAAUAGUUGUUACACCAGUGCUUCUCAACCUGAAGUCAUUUUACCCCCAAGGACGUUUGACAGUGUCUGGAGACGUUUUCAGUCAUAAUUGACAGGGUGCGAUCGGCAUCUAGUGGGUAGAGGUCAGUGAUGCUGCUCAGAUAGCAUCUGGUGCACAGAACAGCCUUCCUCAACAGAAUGAUCCAGCCCAAGAUGUCCAUAGUGCCACUGUUGAGAAACCCUGAAUUAAGCUAACAGUCCCACAAUCACUGCCCUGGUGAUUCAAGUGCUUCUAAAGAAGAUGCAUGCGAAGUGCUAUGAUGGCAUAACUGAGGUCUUAUCCUAGGCCUGGAGUCAAGGGAGCCUUCCUGACAUGAAAGUGGGUUCUGAAAAUGGGUAGCUUUAUUCAGAGAAAGAGAAGAGUUUGACAUCAUGUGACUUUUUGUGUUUCCCUUAUGAUCCACUCACCCUGAUGGAAAAAAACUAGAGACUCGGGAAUGUUCCCUGGUCACCGGGCCUACUUUCCCUUAGCUCAAGAGCCUCUUUCAAGGAGUAUUUACUAGAUACCCAGUGUGUGCCUGAGGCUAGGGAUGCCUGUGAGGGGGCGGGGGCUGGCCCUCUGGCUGCUUAGCCUAGUGCAGGGGACCAACCUUCCCGGCAUACUAAUGAGGCCUCUGACAGAGGUGCCCAGAGGGCCCUGGAGACACGGCAACUCUGCCUGAGGGUUGAAGGAAGGCUUUGUGGAAGAAGUGUCAUCCACAGCAUAUGGUGAAGGCCAAGCAAGAAAACGUGCAUCCAGCAGAACCAGCAGCACAUGCGCAAGCCUGCUUCUGCUGCCUGAGGUUGGAGAGUGUGAGGGCUGAGGUGGGAGCUGUGGGUACAGGUCAGAGCAGGAAGGUUCGAGAAGUCAGGACUUACCCUUCAGAACUGGCGAGGCACAGAGGGGUUUUCAGCAGCAGGGUGAUGUGGGAAAACUGGCUCAGAAGACCAGAGGCCACCCAGGCUUAUCACAGACACGUACGUAGGCCCCUGACCUAAUGCUCUUGCCUUUGGGAGCAUCUUGUGUGUCCUCUGGAGAAAAGGACUUGGCUUCAGCCCAGAGCUGGGGAAGGUCUGCACGUGUCCUCUUGAUAAGAGUUGCUACCUUGUGCACGUAGGCUCAGGAUCGGCCCCAGCUUGCCCAAGUCCCUCCCGUCCCCUGUCUUCUGUCCUUGAAAAAAAUGCCUGAGAGGGUGGAGGAGGCUGCCCAAAGGCUACAGGAAUGAACGGUUAGAAUUAGGUUCUUCAGGAGGAGUCCACAGUGUUGGGUUAGGGGAAUGAUGAGCCUGCAGCCAUGGAGAGGGGGCAGCCCCUGGUACAGACUCAGAGGAGAUAGACACGAUGGAGGAAGGUUCCUAACACUAUGGUUAGAGACCCCGUGGAGGGCCGUGCAAAACAUCCUGAGAACAAUAUCUCUAGGGGUCUGGAGGUGACAUUUGGUUGUGCUUUAUUUUCUUUAUUUUUAUUUUUUUAAAUGUUUCUUUUUUAAGAGAAAGAGCACAAGCAGGGGAAGGGCAGAGAGAGAGACACACACACAGAAUCUGAAGCAGGCCCCAGGCUCUAAGCUGUCAGCACAGAGCCUGACACGGGGCUCGAACUCACGAACUGCAAGAUCAUGACCUGAGCCGAAGUCAGACACUUAACCGACUGAGCCACCCAGCACCCCUGGGCUGUGCUUUAAAGGAUGAUUAUAGUUUUCUCAGAGAAGGGAGACAUGCCUUCUAGACUAAGGGACCAGAUUAAGCAAAAUAUAUUAUGGAGGCAGGGCAUUUAUGUUCGAAUCUUGUCAUUUCCCCCCAAAUAUCCAUUCUCUUCCUAAGAACACAUGAUUUUUACAUAGGCACGUGGUAGCCUGGAAUAGUUUUCCUGCCUUCCUUGCAGCAGACAAGGUCCGUCCCUUGUGAUGCAAGCGGAAGUGGUAGGUGUUGAUUUCUUAAGAACCUCUUUAACAUAUAGCCAGCAUCCAGCCUGUACCUGUUUCUUCCCCUUCCAUCUUCCUCCUGGCUGGCACACAGACCUGAUUCCUGGAAUUUGUACAGCCAUCUUUGAUCAUGUUAAGAAUGGGUCAGUGACAGGAUCCAAGAAGCCUGGGUUCCUGGCACCCAGAAGCCCCAGCUGCCCACCUCAGGAUUUGUUUUACAUGAGAAACAAGCCUCUGUGUUAUUUAAUUUUGUAGAAUUUGGGCUGUCUCUGAAGCUAACCAUAAGUGAUACAUAUUCUGUGAUUCAAUUUAUAUUGGAAUCAAUCAAGCUGAAGCUGAAAAACUGAAUUGCGGCUGUCUGUGAUUCCCCACUAAGGAAUUUGAACUUUAGCCUGUGGGCAAUAGGGAACAAAAGAUUUCUGAGCCAGAAGAUGAGAACUGUGCUUUGGGAAAACAAUUCCUCUGGCAGCAGUUUGGGGGACAGUUGGGAGAAGGGAGGCACUAAACGAAGAGAUAAAGUCAGAAAUUCCCAGGCUUCUGAAUUUCAGACAAGUAAAAUCCGCAGAAAUUUCAAAGGCCGGCAUGAGGAUUACCAACAUCUAGGAGGCCAGCAGAGAAAGGAGACGGUGACAAGACCGUAGCAAAAGAGGGUCUGACUUCAACUGGAUCAUCUCUUCCAUAUUUUACAAGUAUAGGAGGCUGUUUUUCAUUUUCAUGCUGUGGAGUUGGGACAGCUCUGUUGGCCCACUAAAUAAACAAAAUCCUUUCUAAAUGGCUGGGGGAGGAACCUUUGGCUCCAGGAGACUGAAAGAAGACGAACAGGCAUUACCUCCUAAACCAAAAAGCUUGGGCACACCUGACGCCCUGAGGCUUCAUGACUGUGGUGCUCCCUGUUUGUUGUCUUCUGGGAGCAUCCACCCUGCCACCACCUACAGCCACGGACAUAAUAUUGACUGCUUUGUGUCUUGGGAGAUGAGAUAGAUAAGCCGAGAUAGAUAAGCCUGCUUUCCUCAGGGAAAGACGUGAGGCCCAGAAGAAAAAGGUUCUUGCAUUCAUCUGAGUGUCGCAGGCACGCAUGUCCUUGCCUCUGAAAGCUCCUGGCUGCAUCUGCCAGCCUCAUGCUUCUUGGUAGGCACCAUGCCCUGGGUAAGACACUGGGCCCAUCCAGAGCAGCUGGAAAUGGUAGAGAAGAGAGACUUAGGCCUGGCACAAUAUCUGCCUGCAUUUGCAGGCAGGAAAACCCAGGAACAUGGCAGAGGUAAGGAGAUGUUCGCACUCCCUGAAAGAAAAGAAAGCUUUCCCUGAGCCCUUAACCCUUUGCAACGUAUAAACCCUUUCACCCACGUCUCCAUUUGAUUUUUGCAACUUCCCUCUAUCAUUGAGAUUUUAAUAUCAUAACUUUACAGAAGAGGAAGACGCCAAGCGAGGUGAAGUGAAUUGCUCAAGGUCACACAGCAGGCAGCAGAUCUGACACUAGGGGCCAGGUCCCCUGAUCCUGUCUGGUCCCUAUACCAGUCCUGAUUUUUUUGGCUCCAGUGAUCAUUAACAUGUCAAUCAGAAGAGAGUUCAAAUUUCCCUGAGUCUGUAUCUCAUGGAGAGGCAGGAAAAAAGGGGAAUCAGGAGGCUGUUUAAGUAGUUCAGGUAAGAGAUCAUUCAUUUGUUCAUUUAGUAACUAUUUUGAAUGCCCAUAUGUGAAAAGCACUGUCAUGGGUGCUAGGGAUACAGUAGGAGAGAGACAAAGAACUUGGCCCUGGAUACCAGGGAGCUUACAUCCUAGUGGAGAAAGACCAUGAACAAGUGAAUAAACAAGGUAAUUGCAGAGUAUGGUAGGUGCUGUGAAAAAAUCAAAUAAAAUACAGUGGUAUCCUAGUGAUGGGAUACUUGAGAUAAGGUGGGCUGGGAAGGUCUGAGACCUGAAUAAGGAGUCAACCAUAUUGCAGACAGAAGUAACAGCCCAGUUAAAAACCCUGAUGCGUGAACAGUAUGACAGGGCCUGAACUAGCCAGUGGGAGUGAAGUAGAUGCAUCUGGCAACAUUUAGAAGGAAGAAUCAACAGGACAGACUAGGUGUGGUCUGAUCAGACUAUAGGCUGAUCAGACUAUAAGACAACCAAGGUUAGUACCAGUUCUUAAAAAUAUUAUGAUCCUUACACAACUAGAUUCCAAAUGGAUCAAAGAUUGCAAUAUAAGUCCUAAAAAUAGCAUAAUAAACCAUGAGAGGUUGUUUUUGUUUUUGUUUUAAACCUGAGUGAGAAAAACCACAACACAAAAUCCAGAAUCAAAGAAAAAUAAAGGAUGGAUAAAUUGCCUCCAUAAAUAAAUAUCUUCUGUUUCUGCACAGCAGAAAACACUCUGGGCAAAGUCAAACUAGGAAAAAAUAUUUCCAAUUCAUCUAACAAAGAGCUGAUUUCCCUAAUAUAUAGUGAGCUCUUAUGAAUCCAUAAAUAAAAGGGGGGAAAAACAUAAGCAGACACAGAAAGGAAAGUCUAAGUGUCUCUUAAAGAUAUGAAAUGAGGCUCACUCCACUCAAGAUAACUGCAAAUUACACUACCCCGACAUAGUGUUUUUCAGCUAUCAGAUUGACAAAGAUCAUAAAAUUUGAUAACAUGGUGUUGAUGAUGAGAUGGAGAAACAGGUACUUAUGGAAGAGAAUUGAGCAAUAUCUAUCAAAACUACACUUGCCCACACCCUUUGACCCAACUGUCAUACUUCUAGGAAUACAUCCUACCUAUAUGUAUAUACAAAGUUACUCAUUACGUCAGGUGUAAAUAGCAAAUGGUUUGAACCUAUCUCAAAAUCCUUCAUUGCUGCACCUAUUCAGUCAAUUACUGUGUAUAAUGGUAUUUUAUAAGCCAUAAAAACAGUCCUGAGGAAGCUCCUUUUGUACUGAUGGAAUGAUUUUCAAAAUAUAGUUAAGUGCAAAACUGUACAUAUAGUACACUACUAUUGCUUUAUUUGCGUGAAGUACCUCCCAAAGAACGUUUAGGAAACUGAUUACAUUGUUUGCUUCGGGGGUGGGAAACUAGGCGGCCAGAGGACGGAGAUGAUAAGACUUUUCGCCGUAUUACUUGAACCAGUUAAUGAAUUAUCCUUUCAAAACACAAUUUUACAAAUAAAUAAAAACAGCAAACAAAACU